AUGACAGACAAGCUCCCCCCGCCGCUUUUGGCGCUAUUCCAACCUCGUCCACCCCUUCGAUAUCUGCCUCCAAGCGAUCGCGCACCAGAUGACUGCCAGAAGAGCACCAUCUCUGGAGUUGCGCAGUUCCUUGCCGAUGCUAAAACUUUCGCCGAUGAAGUCCCCUAUAAUGCAACUGAAAGCUGGGUGCAGCGCAAGUUGCGUCAGAAAAUUGAGAAGAAAGAGCGGCUAGAGAAGCAGAUAGCCGAAGGACUGCAAAACUUCAAUCCAGAGAAAGAUCCUCAAGCUCGAGGUGAUCCAUUCAAGACACUCUUUGUUGCACGUCUCAGCUAUGAUGUCAAAGAAGCCGACUUGGAACGAGAGUUUGGCCGAUUUGGCCCAAUCGAAAGAAUUACCCUCGUUAAAGAUACAGUAUCAGAGAAGAAAAAGAAACCCCACCAAGGCUAUGCAUUCAUCGUGUAUGAGCGCGAGAAAGAUAUGAAAGCGGCCUACAAAGAAACAGAUGGCAUCCGAAUCAAAGACCGACGAGUCCUGGUAGAUGUCGAGCGUGGCCGCACCACCAAGGGGUGGAAGCCUCGCCGCUUUGGUGGCGGUCUCGGAGGGCGCGGAUACACUAAGGCCAUGCCGUCCCGCCCCGGUGGCCCUGGUUUCAACGCACCAUCUGGACCUGGUGGGUAUGGAGGCGGAUUCCGCGGAGGCUUCGGUGGCAGAGGUGGAGGUGGUGGAUUCCGUGGAGGAGGUUUCCGCGGCGGUGAUCGUGGCGGUGAUCGCUUUGGUGGUCCUCGCGGUGGUAUCGGAUACCAGGGUAACCGUGGCGGCUUCGGUGGACAGGCUCCCCCCAACGCCCCCUCCGGCCCCGGCGGUGGACGCAGUGGAGGUUUCAGAGGUGGCUUCGGCGGUGAUCGUGGCGGUGACCGUGGUCCCGGUGGCAGAUUCGACCGUGGUGUAACCGGCAGCAAUUCAGAGCCUGUGCGGCCUCGAGACAGCUUUGCCGAUCGUGACCGCCGCGACUAUGACCGCGACGACCGUUACAGAGAUCGUGAUCGUGACCGCAUGGGAGACCGAGGAAUGGGAGAUCGAAACGGAGGAGACCGAUUCCGCGACCGGGAUCGUGAGCGUGGUGGCGAUAGGUAUGGCGGCAGCCGCGAUGGUGGUCGCGACGGCGGCCGUGAUGGCCGGGAGGAUUACGGACGCAAGCGAAACCGUGAGGAUGAACCUGGACACGAUGAUCCUCGUUCCAGGAGAAGGUACUAG